AUGAAUAACGAACAAGCUAAUAAACAAGAGCCCGCGUGCUUGAACUUGGAGCCGAGUCGCCUAAGUGAAAUCCCAGUUGCUGGUGCUCCAGCUAUAGCUCACGAUGCUGUCUUUGGUGACAUUAUAGAGGAUGGGCCUAACUAUCGCGAUGUCGGAUGGUUAGGAACGUCUGCCCUCAUGAUGAAGACACAGAUCGGCCUGGGAAUCCUCUCGAUCCCAUCAGCGUUCCAUACCCUGGGUAUUAUCCCCGGCAUCAUAUGCCUUAUCGUUAUAGGAGCCAUCACUACUUGGUCCGACUACGUGAUCGGCACCUUCAAACUUAACCAUCGCGAAGUCUACGGAAUUGACGAUGCAGGUGGUAUUUUAUUUGGACGGGUUGGACGAGAAGUCCUUGGUAUCGGCUUCGCCCUGUUUACAAUCUUUACUUCUGCGUCUGGCAUUUUAGGUAUUUCCAUCAGCUUCAAUGCACUAUCAACACAUGGGACUUGCACGGCUGUAUUUGUUGCAGUAGCCGCCAUCAUUGUAUUUCUCUGCUCCAGUAUUCGCACGCUGAGUAGAAUGAGUUGGUUGGCGUGGGUUGGAGUCAUCUCUCUUAUGGCUGCUGUUUACCUCGUCACCAUCGCCGUUGGCAUCCAAGACCGGCCGUCUGCUGCUCCUCAGAUCAAUCUCGAUGAUGAUUGGAAAUCAGACUAUAAACUCUAUAAUAGUCCAGGCUUUGCUGAUGCCAUGACGGCCAUUUCAACAAUUAUUUUCGCCUACGCUGGCACGCCCCUUUUCUUCCCCAUCGCAGCCGAAAUGCGCGAUCCUCGCCAUUACACGAAGGCGAUGCUGCUUUAUCAAUCCGUUGCAACUGUUACGUAUAUUGUUGUAGGAAUUGUCAUCUACUACUACUGUGGCUCCUAUGUUGCGUCUCCAGCUUUGGGUUCGGCCGGCAAGACUAUCAAGCAGAUUGCCUAUGGACUUGCGUUGCCAGGCCUUAUUGCUGGUGCGACUAUAAACGCCCAUGUCACCGGAAAAUACGCAUUCGUUCGCAUCCUCCGUGGCUCAAAACAUCUCACAGCAAACACCGUCGUCCACUGGGCCACUUGGCUCGGCCUCACCUUCACGACAGCCUUUGUUGCCUAUAUCAUAGCGAGUGCGAUCCCAGUAUUCGGAAGUCUCGUGUCUCUUGUUGGCGCUCUCCUUGGCACGCUCCAGACGUUUCAGCCCUAUGGUUGUUUCUGGCUAUACGACAACUGGAGCGCAGGGAAGCAGGAGAAGUCCCUCAGGUGGGUUCUCAUGGUUAUCUGGAGUAUUUUUGUAAUUGUCUCUGGAACUUUCCUCAUGAUUGCCGGGACAUAUGGAUCUGUUAUUGGGAUUCUCAACUCCAACAAGGCUUCUGGAGGAUCAGGUGCUUGGUCUUGUGCUGAUAACUCCAACUCUGUAUAA